UGUGGCUGGUGUCUGUCUCCUCCCUGGAGCCCAGGGGCUCGGAGCUGGGAGAGUCACUCUGAGGAGGUUGGGUCACCCGGAACUCGGAGAUCGGGAACCUUGGCACCCGGACAGGCCGGACCGCGACACAGCGGAAACGAGCCGUUCCGGAAUCCCGACAUGGAGCGGCUGUCAUUCGAGGAUGUGUCCAUUGCCUUCUCCCCAGAGGAGCGGGAAUGCCUAGACCCUGCUCGGUGGAAUUUGUAUAGGGGUGUGAUGUUGGAGAAUUACAGGAACCUUGUCUCCCUGGGUCUUGCUGCGUGUAAACCUUACCUGGUCACGUUUCUGGAGCAGAGCAAGGAGCCUUUGAAUGUAAAGAGACAAGAGUCAGGAACCGUAUGUCCAGAGGACCUCUGCAGAUAUAACCUGUCUGGGGAAGACUUUGCUCAGCACUCAGAGCUCGCUAUCCAUCCACGUCCACCUGUUCAAGAGAAGUCUCAGAAUUGUAAAGAAGGUGGCAAAGCUUUUACUUAUAACGCAACUUCUAUUAGAAAACGGAGGGCUCCAAAAAGAGAGAAGCUUUAGCA